UUCCGUUAACAAGCGGAACCGCGGCUGUGUGGAACUUCAGUUGCACCGCGACCAGCUAUCUUGCGUGUUGUUUGAAGCGAGUGAACGUAACCAGCGGGUUAAUAAACGAUAAACGAUUAACGUUUAAACCCAUCAACUCUCCUUGUUGUCGUGAGGUUCGCUUCUCUGUGAAGAAGACUGCUCGACGCUGAGAUGAAUCAAUUUGAACAUCUGAAAGAUGACGACCCAGAGGAUCAGGAUGAGACGGUCUGUAACCGGGAGGAAGACUGCUCCAUCAACAACAAUCGACGCAAGACGGUGAGUCCUGCAGUAGGGGAACAUCCUCUCCAGUAUAACUAUACCUUGUGGUAUUCUCGGAGGACUCCGUCCCGGCCCGCCAACACACAGAGUUAUGAACAGAACAUCAGACAGAUCGGCACGGUCGCAUCGGUGGAGCAGUUCUGGAAAUUCUACAGUCACCUGGUGCGACCGGGAGAUCUGACUGGCCACUCUGACUUCCACCUGUUUAAAGAGGGAAUCAAACCCAUGUGGGAGGAUGAAGCUAAUAAGAACGGAGGGAAGUGGAUCAUCAGGCUGCGGAAAGGUCUGGCCAGCAGGUUCUGGGAGAACAUUAUUCUGGCCAUGUUGGGAGAACAGUUCAUGGUGGGAGAGGAGAUCUGUGGGGUGGUGGUCUCUAUUCGCUUCCAGGAAGACAUCUUGUCUAUAUGGAAUAAGACGGCCAGCGAUCAGGUGACGACAUCUAGAAUCCGAGACACUCUUCGACGCGUUCUGAACCUCCCUCCCAACACCAUCAUGGAGUACAAGACACACAACGACAGCCUCAAGGAUAAUUCCAGCUUCCGCAACACAAAGAUCACCCUGUGAAGAGAUGGAGAGACUGGACUGGAGUGGAGUGGAGGGAGAGACUGGAGUGGAGUGGAGGGAGAGACUGGAGUGGAGUGGAGGGAGAGACUGGAGUGGAGUGGAGGGAGAGACUGGAGUGGAGUGGAGGGAGAGACUGGA